CCUCUUUACGCAAAUUGAAGUUCUUUUUUUCGAAAACAAGGAUACCGGGAGUUUUACGCAUUACAUCGAGCCAGUCGAAGGACGGGUAUCAUAUCAGCUUCCUUUGCUGUCUUUUCUCACAAAUAAAACAGAGUUCUCCGCUGGGGAAUUACAACCACUUCGUUUAGGACUUUAAAUAGGCAGAAAGGAUUUUCCUUCAGUCGUAAUUAGCGUGCCUCGCCACCCUCCUUGUCUCGAGCGCGCGUACUCUCCAUAUGGCGUAAAACGUGCCUCGCGCAGGAUAAAGUCAUCAGAACUGGCACUUUGUAAUAUUUCAGUCUCACUUGGCGAACCACAGAAGCCCAACGACCAUCGUCGUCUCCGUUAAUAAGGAGCUUGGAUGUCAGCAAAUAGUACUGCCGCUUGGGAGUGGAAACGUCUCCUGUCAUCUUCAUUUUCUCCAGCAUGGCAUCUCACUGGAAGUAGCCUUCAAAGUGGAAGAUGGCUUUUUACUGUCCCUAGGUUAUAGCCUAAUCCCUCCGCAUGCCUAAUGGCACACUGACGGUGAAAACUCGGCUUUUGUAAAAAGGUGAAGAAUGACUGCAGCGGCAGGUGUGCUAACAGGCUUGGCCAAGCUAAAGCGCCAGGACUCUGCUCGCUCUCAGCAUCGGCCCGUACCACCGACAUCGCCGGGCCUGGGACACGCCGCCCCCGAGGCCGCUCCUAGGAAGAGGAAGAGGCGCACCGAUGUCGUAGUGGUGCGAGGUAGACUCCGUCUCUACUCUGCAUCUGGGUUUUUCCUCCUUCUGGGACUAAUCAUCUUGGCCAUAGGGAUUGGCAUGGCGACGCUAGGUUACUGGCCUCACAGUAAAGCCAUACUCGCUGGAGGAGGAACUGGAGUCAAGACAGAAAAGGAUGCAGCCAAUGCAAGCCACAAUGGGCAAGGUACGCCUUCCAAGGAGACUGAGAGCGCUCUGAUGCGAUUCCUAGAACAGCAUCUUCACUCUGAGAGGAUGAAGAUGCUUGGGCCCUUCACCAUGGGCAUUGGGAUUUUUAUUUUCAUCUGUGCUAAUGCAAUACUUCACGAAAACAGAGACAGGGAAACCAAGAUCAUCCAUAUGAGAGACAUGUACUCCACAGUCAUCGAUAUCCACCGCCUCAGGCAGAAAGAGCAAAAGCAACACCAACACCGGAACAGCACCUGUGUGAGAGAAGUCGGAGAUCUUCGAGUCUUCGGCUGCGAUACUGCCGCACGGUUAGCCAGCAACUCUCUCCUAGCUUUCUCUCGUGCUGGAAGCAUUGCCGGAGGAGGGAGAGGUUCUACAGAAGAGGAGGAGGUGUUGUUAGGGGAUGAGGAGUAUCACAGACGUAGAGAACAGGCUAAGAUGGAUUGUAACUUUGCAGGGCUAUUGGCACCCCUCUAUAAGGAUCGCCCAUUUUAUGGCCCCGGGGUCGGGCUGGUUCAUUCGGAUUCCAUGCGUCACCAGUGGUCAGCGGAUGGAGAUGGAGAGAGGGGAGGACACCAUGCACGCUCUAUUGUCUCCUCCUCUAUCUCUGCAUUUACACUCCCUGUUAUAAAACUCAACAACUGUGUUAUUGAUGAGCCGGAGAUGGAGGCAAUAACUGAAGAGGACAGAGGAGGAGAGAGAAGAGAAGGAGAGAGGUUGCAGCCUCUGACCUCUGUGGAGUCUCUGGUGGUUCCCGUGGCAUCCGUUGCCAAGGCCUCCAAACCACCGGGCCUACACAGGAGUAACUCCGCCUCCUCCUCAUCCCGCUGCUCCUCCUUAUCCUCGUCCUCCCUCUCCCCUGCUCCCUCCUCUACCUCAGGCUGCUGGCUUUCCCCGGGAGCAGCAAAGAGUGACUUUGGCUCCAACUCCUCUCUGCACAUGCUCAACAGCCAUUCCAAAUCUCUGGACUUGGAGCGCAGACCGAGUAUGCUUAGCGUAAACCCAGAGCAGCGGAAGCACCCCAGCUGGCCCCGACUUGACCGCAGCAACAGCAGCCGUAGUAACAGCGGCAGUCGGGGCAGCACCAAAGGCUACAAGCGGCUGGAGGACAGAGAAGAACAAGGAGAUCGGCUCUUGGAGGUGUCACAGUCUGUGGCAGAGAGGCGCGACUAUAGUAAGCGCGAGAAGCUGCUAAUGAUAUCCAGGUCGCAUAAUAACCUGAGCUUUGAGCAUGAUGAGUUUAAUAGCAGCACACUGAAGAGAGGCAGCUCUGAGACUCGGUUCUGAUCGCACUGAACUAGAGGUUGAUGACAGUUCUGUCCUGUUCUGUAAAUUGCCCUCCACACAGUAUGAAUGUACAGCUUGUGCUGGAGGAAACUGACAAGUUUAAUGGCUACACUGUGCAGAGAGGAAACUCAAGCAGUUUCAAGAAAGCCUGUUUUUAUGAGCAGCAGGUUGUAGAGUAAUGGAACAACUUGCACUGUGAAAGAGUUCAGGUCUAUUGUCAGUCAGACACAAUGGGUCUACUGCAUUAGGGUGACAUUAGUUGAUCUACGACAGUGAUUCCUAAUCCAGGGCACAUCUGCGGUAGGUUAGCCAAGGAGUAUAUGAAAAGACUAGCUCAGCUGUUACCAUUAAAUAAAAGAAUUAGUGGACCUGAGGAACUUUAGGCAGUGAAGGGAAAACUUCGAAUAAGUAGAAAUGUUUACAAAAGAUAAAAUGGUUAAAAGUGAUUGAAAGUGGAUAACUCGCUAAGUGAGUAGUAGCGAGUAGUAAUAGUUGGAACUAUUAGCCAACAGCAUGCACAAAGAAAUGAUGUUAUGAGCUAAACAGGAUGGAUAACAAGCUGAAAUACUGUACAGUAGCUAGCUAAAUUCAUAAAUGUUGUCAAUUAUUUUGCUGAUGCUACUAAAUUCUCAUCUUUCAGUAUUGAUUAAUCCAAUGAAAUAUCAAUACAAAAGUAGGCUGAAAGAAUUUGAAUUGUUACCUUAACAUAAAAGUAAGAUUGCUAGCCAUAUAAAUAAAUAGGGGAAAUUGGUCAAUUGUCUGUGAAAAUACUGGAUAAAUGAUUAAAAUAGUCAUCUAAUAGUCCUGGACUAAUCAUUGAGAAAUUUGAACAUGAAGGGUUUAACCAAGGAAGAGUUUUUUCAGUCCAGAGGGGUGAACUACAAUGUGAGAUUAAUGGGUUAGCAAGCGAUGUUAAGAUAAAAGUCAGAGUAUUCUGUGUCAUGACUUUUACCUGGAUAAAUCACCAUGGUUACUUGUGCUAAAUCACCAUGGUUACUUAUGCUGAACACAAAACUUAUUUUGUUUUGUUAGGACAGCUAAGGCAAAGAAAGCCUGACUGGGUUGAACAUCCUGUGUAGUAUACUCCUCAGGACUGUUGGGAUAUGUAAGAUGAAAAAGGUUGGAUAAAUGAAAAAAGCUCAUUUGCAUUAAUGAGCUUGAAAGUCUAUAUUUGGUAUGAGCACCAUUAUUCAUCACACAGCCUGAACUCUUUUAGGCAUGUUUUGUUAUUAUAUCUUUAAGUUGU